UUAGAAGAGCCUGCCUGCAGGAUCCUGGGUCUCCGGGAGCCCAGAGCAGAGGCAAAUCCCUGUGGAAGGUCCCUGCUGGGGGCAGACAGAAACAGGCUCCUGCCUGGUGGGUGCUGGGUUCUCCAGCCUUUCCCUGGGCUGCCUCCCCAGCGGGGGUGGGCAGGGCUGCUGGGGUGAGAGCCCCAUUCCAGAGUCCUUGGGUGCCCCUCACUGGGGGGGUCCCCUUGCUGCUUUCUGCCCCGCAGAGGCGGCUGCCCGAGAGCCCUCCCCCACGCAGUGCCCCAGCCGAGCCCCAGGACUUUGCAAGGUGGGAAGGAGGCCUCCCCCGGUGCCCAGGGGUGGGGGUAGGGCUCUGCCACGGCGGCAGGCGGCAGGGGGCACACAGGCUUCUCCACCCCCACGGUGCUGCCCGCUGCGCCCCCGCCUUAUUUAGUCAAAGGUGAGGUCACGGGGCCGCCUUGAGGCUGGGACAGAUCCGGGUCAUCCUCAGAGAGCAAGCGGGCCACGUCCCCAGCCAGGACCUGCGGUGUCUGUCUCUGCCUACGUCCUCUCCUUCCCGCUGCUUUCCCGCCCCCAUGGCUGGGAGGAACCCGCCAGCGGCCCAAGGACGUCGUGGGGCCGGGGCCUCCUCCAGCCCAGAGCUUCCCCGCAGAAACUGCGGCGCCGCCCUCCCCCACAACCUCUCCCAGCCCCGCAGCAGGGCUGGGCUCCUCUCUGGACCCGAAAGCCCAAAUCCCAAAGGCAAUAAACGCCCCCUCAGAGAUUCGGACUCCCAUGCGGGGCCUGGCGGCCCUGCGCGCCGCGGGCUCCCCUCCGCGGCCUUUCUGUUCGCCACUGCCCCUCCCCUGGCUCGGGGGCUCCGGAGUGGCCUCUCCCCUCUCCCUGGGGCAGAGCCCGGGAUUUUGCAAACCCCUGCUCUAUUCUCCGAGGGUCCCCGGAGCGCCUCUCCCCCCUUCCCCGCAGGCUCCAGCCCCCCGCGGAAGUGCAGGCCGUGGGCUCAACUCCAGGAAGGAGACACCGCGGGGUCAGCCCAGCCAGCCCGGGAGGCCACCGACCCACCGCCGCACCGAGCCCGGAACCACCGAGGCCCGACGGCCCCAAACCACCCAAAGCCUGUCCAGAGAUCUCGGCGCUGUCACGACACACCAAAAGAGCCCCCUCGGAGGUCCUGGGAGCCUGCGGAGCACCUGCCCGGCCCACACCCGAGCCCCCCGCGUGCAGAGGGCAGCCGCGUGCCUGGAAGCCUCCCCGGGCCCUCUGAGCCUGGGCACCUUGGCAAAGGGCGGCUCCGAAUCUCUGCCUCGAGGGGCUUGAAGGACUGAAGGAGAGUGGGCCCUGCCCAGAGCCUGGCACCCGCAGAGCCGGAGAGCUGGCAGGAGAGGACGGACGGACUGCCCUGCCGUGCCCCCGGGCGCGGGCACCACUCACCCUUCCCGGCCUGGCGCUGGCAGCUGCCUCAGCACUGCGUGUGCAGGAUGGUCUCCACCACAGGCCGCGGCAGCUCGGCUCAGGGCUGUGCCUGCGGGCUGUCCUGGCCGCUGGGGCUCGGGCCGGGGGUCCGGCUGGGCCGGGGCUUGAGCCGGGUGAGAUGGGGGUCCCAAAGCCACCUCCUCCUCCUCGAGGUCAGCAGUGACUCUCCGGCCCCUUGGGAAGAGCCAAAGGGCAUCCUGAGACAAGCUCUUCUGCAGUGAAUCCCCCCAGGCCGGAGCCCAGUCCUCUCCCUGUCCCCUGGCUUUUGGGUGGGGGUCCCCAGGGUCACCCUUUCAGGGUUGGGGCAGGGUCUCCCCCUCCUGUCCCGAGGGCUGCCCCAUUUUCCCUUUUCCAGAGUCCAGUGGAAGGAGGAAGUGGCGGGCAGUUUGCCUGAGUGGCUUCUGGGAAGGAAAGAGGCCCUUCUGUUGGAGGGACUGACCCCUUCCCGGCUGGCAUGUGUUGGGGGCACUAGGGGGGCUGCACACACAUGACCUGCCCUGGGGAACUGCUGUACAAAAUGGGAAAGUUCCCCUCCACCGCCCACACGGCCCUGAGGUGAGAGCAAGGAGGGAGCCGGGCAAAACCCAGAGCACUGAGGGGGAGCUGGGGAGGGGGUAAAAGGCAGCCUUCUCUGUGGACGGGGGAGCCUGGGCUCCGGGGUGGAAGGGAGAGAAGCUUUCUGUGUUCCUGGGAAACCGCUGUGGCCCCACCGCACAGGUCUGUGGGCAGAGGGGACUGGGAGGGGGGCAAGGAAGAGCUGGGCACAGCUCUAGGAAGAACGAAGCUCUGCUUUGGGAACGCUACUGGGGGCUACCGAGGGGGCAUCACCCCUCCGUGCCCCCCUUACUCCCCUUCCCGAUUUGUUGGUGGGACUCUGGGGUGGGGGCCGGUGCAGGGA